AUGGCUGGCAAAUCCGACAUCAAACCCUUCAAGAUAGCUGUCCCUGACUCCGCCAUCAAGCUGCUGAAGAACAAGCUGGCAGUAUCAACUUUUCCAGACGAGACAGAGUUCUCGGAUGACUGGGCGUUUGGAGCCUCCCUCGGCGACAUCAAACGGCUGGCCAACCGCUGGCAAGACGGCUUCGACUGGCGGAAGCACGAGGCAAAGCUCAACGAGCUGCCGCAGUUCACAACGGCCAUAUCUGUCAAUGGAUUUGAUGAUCUGAACCUCCACUUCGUGCAUCAACUUAGCAGCAAGCCUGGGGCCAUACCCCUGCUCUUCUGUCACGGAUACGGGGUGUCCAAGCCAGGAUUCAGCAUCCCGCAGUAUGCCGAGGUGAUGCACAAUGUCAUGCUGAAGCUUGGAUACAAACAGUAUGUCAAUCAGGGUGGCGACUGGGGCUACAACAUCACCAGGCUGAUGGGCGUACUGUUUCCCGAGAGCUGCCUCGCAACGCACAUCAACUUUGCUUACAUCACAGAGCCACCGUUGACGAAUGAGGCUCCGCUACAGGCAGCCAAGAGCGCGGUGCAGCCGUACACGGAAGAGGAAAAGGCCGGUAUCGAGCGCUCGCAGUGGCUCCAGAAGGAAGGAAUCGGCUACAACUUGCUCCAGUCAACGAAGCCAUCGACGCUGGCGUUUGCGCUUCGCGACUCGCCCGUGGCUCUGUUGGCGUGGAUCUACGAGAAGCUGCACGACUGGACCGACAGUUAUCCAUGGACCGACGAUGAAGUUCUUACGUGGAUCUCCAUCUACCAGUUCUCCAAAGCAGGCCCUCAAGCAAGCGCCUACAUUUACUACGAGAGCGAGCACUCUCACAAGGAGACGACGAAAAAGGGCUACGGGUACAUCCCGGGAAUCCACCUGGGUGUCUCGAUAUUCCCCAAGGACUUGGCAAUUCCGCCGAGCGCCUGGGUGCCAUCGUUGGGGCCGAUAGUCUUUUUGAAGCGUCACCCGGAGGGUGGGCACUUUGCUGCGUAUGAGAGACCGGAGGCGUUGGCGGAGGAUCUGAGAGAGAUGUUCAAACAGGACAAGUUGGAUGAGGUAGUGAGAGGUCUGGCUAAGCUAUGAGAGAGAUGAUUCGCAAAACUGCAAGCUGCCUAGGACAAUUCAGAUUGUCUUUGAUAUGCCUCCCGUUACACUCUAUGCAUGGAGAGAAAUGUAGACCUGGAUGUCCCCCAUGGUGUCGCAGGGUUGGGGCCUCGGAGCCAGCGCGCCUAAUGUAGUGGUACACCCAAGUUGACCAAGGAGCUGUUGCACAGCCCUUUCAGCAGCCAU